AUGUCUGGAGCCAACAGCUCCAGCCUGACCCCAGACUUCUUUAUCCUGAAUGGUAUCCCUGGACUGGAAGAUGCGCAUGUCUGGAUCUCUCUGCCAUUCUGCUUCAUGUACAUGAUUGCUGUUGUGGGGAACUGUGGGCUUAUCUACCUCAUUGGCCAUGAGGAAAUCUUACACCGACCUAUGUACUACUUUCUAACCCUGCUGUCCUUCACUGAUAUAACCUUGUGCACUACCACUGUGCCCAAUAUGCUGUGCAUAUUCUGGUUCAACCUCAAAAAGAUUGGGUUUGAAGCCUGCCUGGUUCAGAUGUUCUUUGUGCACACCUUCACAGCUACAGAGUCUGGUAUGUUAAUGCUUAUGGCCCUGGAUCGCUAUGUGGCCAUCUGCUACCCUUUACGCUAUGGAACCAUCCUGACUAACCCUGUGAUUGCCAAGGACAUUGCUACAUUCUUGAGGAGUGUAGCAUUCAUCCUCCCUUUCACUUUCCUCACAAAGCGCCUGCCCUAUUGCCGAGGCAACCUCAUCCCUCAUGCCUAUUGUGACCACAUGUCUGUGGCCAAAAUAUCCUGUGGCAAUGUCAAGGUCAAUGCAGUAUAUGGGCUCUUAGUUGCUCUUGUGGUUUGUGCAUUUGACAUAUGCUGUAUCACCGUGUCAUACACAAUGAUAUUGAGAGCAGUAAUGAACCUGUCCUCUGCAGAUGCUCGUCACAAAGCCUUCAGCACCUGCACAUCUCACAUCUGUGCCAUUGUGAUCACUUAUGUGCCUGCCUUUUUUAAUUUCUUCACUCAUCGUUUUGGGGGACGCACCAUUCCCCACCACAUCCACAUCAUAGUGGCCAACCUCUACCUGCUACUGCCUGCUACCAUGAACCCAAUUGUUUAUGGAGUCAAGACCAAGCAGAUUCGAGAAAGUGUAAUAAAACUUUUUAGUGGAGACAAGAGUGACAUUACUGAAAUUAAAGGAUUUAAAAACAAGUAA